AUGGCGUCCUACAGGCUGCUCGUGAUCCUGGUCUUCUCCGCGCUGCUCCUCGACGUCGCCGUCGCCGACACCUACCCGGCCGACUGCCCCUACCCGUGCCUGCUGCCGCCGCCCACGCCCCCGGCCUCCAGCGCCGACUGCCCGCCGCCACCCUCCUCGCCAUCCGGCUCCGGCUACGCGUACCCACCUCCGUCAUCCUCCGGGAACUCCCCGCCGACACCGUCGUCCUGGAGCUACCCGCCGCCUUCCGGGGGCUACAUUCCCGGCUUCUACCAGCCUCCUGCCGGCGGUGGAGGUGGUGGCAGUGGCGGCGGAGGCGGAGGAGGUGGCGGCAACUUCGGGCCGGCGCCGCCCCCGCCGAACCCCAUCCUGCCGUGGUACCCCUGGUACUACCGGUCCCCGCCGUCCUCGUCCGCGACCAGGGGCAGCACCUCGGCGGUCGCGCUCUGCUUGGUGGCCGCCGUAACUGCCACUGCUGCCCUCGUCGGUUACUAG